AAACUUCAAAAUGGGUUGCAACCAAUCUAAGAAUCAGGAGCCGACCACAGGGGAACUCUCCCAGACAACUGUACCAUGCGAGGAAAUCAAAGCUCUGGCCGAAAAGUUUAAAGCUGAUGUGGAAAAAGAACUUGGAAAGGAACUAGAUACCUUUGACGCCGUCUCUUUCAGAAAACAAGUCGUAGCAGCGAAUGUAUAUUUCAUUAAGGUUAAAGUCGGGGAUGAUUACGCACAUAUACGAAUUUACGAUCCCAUUCCAAAAGCAUCGGACAAAACAGCGUCUGAGAAAGGAGAGGGUUCCGAAGAGAGCAAAGGAGAGGACUCGGAGGAAAAGACAGAGACUGCUACAGAGACUCCAGGAUCGUCAAAGGAAGAGGAGCAGAAACCAACAGCCAAGUUUGAGGGCGUGCAGAAAGGCAAGACACUGGAGGACGACAUUGUUGAAUUUCAAGAGCCUAGUCCUUGUGAAGAGGUCCAAGCAGCCGUAGAAGAAGCACCAGAACCACCCAAAGAGGAGCCGGAAAAGGAAGAACCCAAAGAGGAGCCGAAGGAAGAGGAGCCCAAAAAGGAAGAACCCGAGUCAAAGGAAGAAGGUGGUGGCCUCCUGGAUACGGUGAAAGCAGGAGCUUCGAGCGUGCAAGAGGAAGGAAGCAGUCUCUUAGAUACGGCGAAGGCGGGGGCUGCGAGCGUGGGAGUGAGUUUUUGAUGUGCGGC